CUUCAUUAGGUCUAACAGACAAUCAAAAUACCAAUGGUGUAAAUUCUUUAAAUGGAUCUGGCAGUUCGACUAACUCUUCCCCAACACGUGCACCACCAAUUGACGGUACCGAAAACGAGAGCGUACUUGUUUUUAGCAUCUAUAAUAAUGAUGAAAAUAAACUACAGCCUUUGACAGAAGAGGAAGUGCUUAAAAUGAAUAGCAUAGGACAAGAAAUUUCAGGUGAUGGCGCACUGUUAGUUGAUGCAGAAAACUGUAAUAUGAACGCCAUUGAUAAGUCAUCAGUUGUUAAUGGAUAUGAUGGUAUUGAUGGCAUGAGCGAUGUUUUACGCCCCCUACAUGGCAAAACGACUAGAUUUUCAUUGUCACAUGAUGAUGCAUCAAUUGGAAACUCCGACAAUUUAGAGGCUGUAAGUGAAGCGCCAUCAAACCAUUCAGUUACUAGUUCCUUAGAGUUAGAAGAAAACGAUCAAAAUGAUAAUCUAUCCGAUAUGGUUUCAGCAAAUGUUUCUGGUCGUGGCACUCCAAAUAUUAGUGGCCGUGACACACCAUCAUCUCAAGUUACAGAUGGUGGAUCAAUAAAUAAUGCCAUACCAACACCACAAAUGCAGAAAUUAAUUUCUAAAGUGCGUUCCGAUAUUGAAGAUAAGUUUUGUAAAUUCGAAAUAAAAAAAUUUGAGGGCGACGAAACAGUUUCUAUAAUAUCAGAUACUUGGUCAACAGACGUGCUUGCUAGUGAUUCUGAAACCCUUGAUACAAGUGAUCGUGAUCGUGACCGCAACUUUUCGACACCAUUAAUACCAUCCGCUGUGGUAUUACCGGGCGACAAUAAUUUUGAUGCAUUAUCAAAUGCUGGUUCUGUACGUCCCGGUUAUUUGGAUAUAUCUGAUCAACGUUCAGAAUCUAAUUGGAGCACCGAUGUGUUAGCGAGCGAUUCAGAAAAAUUAGCCGAGGUUGACACCGAUGACAAUUUAAGCAUAACCGCAAAAUCUGAUAUAACUGACGCUGGUGGAAGACUUGAAGCGGAACGUGAUCAAUUAGCUGCAGCAAUUUCGGCACCUGCGAGUAAUCAAACCCAACGUACACCUGAUUUACCUUAUUAUGUUUCAGCCAUAGACAGAAAUGUGCGACGCUCGCUUAAUUAUAAUAGAGAAGGUGCGCGUGCUAUCGAUAUGGGUCAUGGCAGUGGUAGUAGUGGUGGUAAUGCUAGCGAUCGCUCUCAAGAAGACUCUGCUUUCUUUGACGCAGUUACACUUUAUGAUGACAAUGGAGCUGCAAUCGCAGGUUCAUUAAUGGUUAACGGUGCAGCUAGCGCAUCAUCUUUACAUCACUAUCAAGGCUUAUCUUCUUUAGCACGCAGUUCAGUGCACACAGCAGAAAACAGUUUUCAACACAACUACAAAAAUAGCAACAGCGAAGGCAAGGAACCUUUUCUAUCAACUCCACGCAUGCGGCGACAAACUUCAGCAGAAAGCAGCAUAUCAAAUCAAAGUAUCAACUCAGAAGAGGUGACAGCAGCAGGCAAGCCACCCAAAUCCCAUCAUAAGCCUGCGUUGAAGAAGAAAAAACAAAUUAACAACUACAAUAAAGCAACGACGAAUGCCAACGAAACAAGAGAUUUAAUAGAUUUUAGUGAUUUUGGCGAGGAAAAAGAAAAGAAGAACAGCAACAAAGAAAAUGAACUCCGUAAUAGCGACAACCUCAUAGACAUAUUCGGUGAUGAUGCAGUUGAACAUCGACGAUUCUCCAGUGCUCAACGUUCAACUGCUUUUGAUGGCAGACGCAAUGGUAUCUUGGCAAUGAAAUCGGACGCAAAUAGUAAUGACAAAAACUCCACGCCGUCUCUGCGUCGUCAUCAAAGUCUUAGUUAUGAGAAUCACGAAAUAAUGAUAAACGCUAUAAUACCAAAACGUGUAUCAGCAAUGCCAAACCUCAAAGGCUCAUCGCAGACAGAUGACGAUAAGACAUUACAACAAGAGCAGAAUAUGCAGCAAUUAUGUGCCAAAACCAAACAACUAGUGCUUAACGAUACAGAAACUAAUGAUGUAUUCAAUGGCAUAGUGGAACCAGCAGAAGCCCCAACAACAAGUAAUGGCAAUGCAGCGAACUCCAACACAGCAGCAGCUGCAACAGGCACACAAAAACCUAGUAAAUCAACGGGAGCCAUUCCAAAAAGCAUCAGUUUUGAUGCAUCGGCAGACAAGAGUAAUGAAAUUACGGUUGGACGUGCAGCUUCACAUCGUAAUACACGCGUCAAUGAAGCUGUGAGGUUCAGCACGCAUCAUAGCUCCAGUGGCAACUCUGGGCUAUUCAACAAACUCAAGCAAGGCAUAUUUAAACAUCGGCGCAGCAAUAAAUCACACAGGCACAGCGCUUUGCACUCAGAUGAGUUUUCACAGAGUAGCCGAAGUGUUUCGUUCAGCACCAAUGCAUCGGAGGUGUCGCUGGAUUUAAUAAAUGGCGUCAGCAAUGUGCGUAACGGUAGUGUGGGUUAUAGUGACAUCACCGAAGACAUACUAGCAAAGUAUCGCCGUAAGGUGAGCACAUCAAGCGAUGCUACUAACUCUGACUCUACUGGCAAUAGUGGUCAAAUAAACCGAAAAAACGCUAUACUGGAAGCUAAUCGUCUAUCGAAUUCCAUGCUGCAUGACAAAACCAUUGCAUUUAACAUUAUUAAGAAAAAGAUACGUACCGUGUUGUCCAAGACUGAUUUACACACCGCUGAUUUUAGACACACUACGUACUCGAACUCUUCUCCUUUACUCACAUAUCUACAAAUACAACUUGCUCAAGCAAUAAAUUUGCAAAAUUUCCAACAAAUAUCGUAUGUUUCUGAAGCGAUACGUUGCAUAUCGUCAUUGGAGAAAAAUCAACAUGUGCAAUUACUUGAAGAAUUGCAAGAGGACAUACAAAAGCGACAAAACUAUUUACAAUACCUGAUGCGGUUCCGACAGAAUCUUUUGUUAAUUAUGGAGAAUAUAGAACAGUUCGAAUCGCGUCUACGUGGCGAAAGCGUGGGUUGUAAUCGCUAUUUAAUGUCUGUCUGUAUACGACUAUUUAUUGAGAAACGUCAAGACCGUAUAGAAAGUUUCCAGGAGGAAUUUACGCGUUUAACUGUUUCCGAUGACAAAAUCGAUUUAAUUGAAGAAUUUAUAGAUGAGCUCAUGAAAGAGUUGCUCGCGAACGGUGGUUUGUUGUGUGGCAUGUCUGACUGGCAGAUGCAGGAGGCACGCAUAUCAAUCGAACGUAUACUUCUGCAACGAAUGUAUCAACAAGUGAUGUUUCCAAAUGAGGAUGCUGAUUUGUCGCGAGAUACAGUACUCUCGGAGCACAUACGAAAACUACAAAAUGUGAUACGCCCUUCUCAUCAUGCACUUUGCAUUCCACAAGAGUUUUUGUCUGAAGCGCCAUGGACGUUUGCGCAGCAACAAUUGUCUUAUAUCUCAGCCUACAAAACGCCAAGAGAGAAACUACAAUGCGUUAUUCGAUGCAUUUCCAGUAUAAUGAGUUUACUGCACAUGUCCAGCGGUCGCGUACCCGCUGCUGAUGAUUUGUUGCCAGUUCUCAUCUAUGUUGUUAUAAUGGCAAAUCCACCAUAUUUAUUAUCCACAGUAGAGUACAUUUCCUGUUUCAUUGGUGACAAAAUGGAUGGUGAAGAACAAUUUCAUUGGACACUAUUUGGUUCCGUGGUGAAAUUUAUAAAAACAAUGGACUAUUUAGACUAAAAGUAUAUAUACAUAUUUUGAGCCGGAUCUCAGCGUUUACCAUAUAUAUUUAUAUAUCUAUUUAAAAUUUAAAAGCGCUCCGGUUGGGUUUCCUUGAUAGAAUUUAACUGAGAAUGGUGCGGAACGGCACUAAGCAACUCAAUUUAUAUCAGAAAACUUAUUUAACCAACUUUUAAAUUUUGGUUCUCUUAUAAACUUUUCGAAAAUUCUAAGUUUCUGAUGAAACGCCAUAAGCAUUAAGCAAUAUUAGUAGUUUAUAAAUUUUAUAGCA